AUGUCAGUCUCAGAACUACCAUCAAUUCUCUCGAGAACAGUCUUCUAUAAUCUCAAUGGGACAAGAUCGGAGGGCAUUCGCAUUCAUGUCAGAUGUGGUUUCGAGAGAGUGCUUUGCGAGCUCAGCACCAUUGAAAAAGAGAGUAUCCGAGUUGCCAUCCUCGAUACAUUAAGUUGGGAAUGGUUUGAUAGUUACGAAAAUUGCGAAAUUGCUUGCGUCUUUCCCAACCUGAAGGAGAUCAUAUUUUUGUGCGCCAAGCCUGAGAAUCUGUUCAAAUAUAGUAUGAGAAAUUCCGCUCUUCAACUCCAGCCUUUGAGACCUGGAAGAUAUGUGGAGACCGGACCUAAGAGACAUUACCUCACUGAAAGGAGAUCUUUGAGGAUCGAAAAACUGAUACGCAAGCAACAUGGAAAGCCACUCGAUACUGACGACGAAAAAUAUCAGGGGGAAAGGGAUGAGGAUGGAUAUGGAGUUGGUUUCUUAGGCGACGGGGAUGAGGAACUCAAACGUGAAGAGGAAGAUCCAACAGACUUUAUAGGACAAGGCGAACAUGGCUUCAGGGAGUACUUACGCUGGGAGGAUAAAAGAGAGGAGUAUUAA